GAGUCUCCCAGCCCCGUUCUGAGGGUAUGGGACCGGAAGUACUAUAGAAGUUGUUUUUCUCUUUCAAGCACUAAAUAGUCCUUCCCACCCCUGCUCUGGGUAAGAUGGUGGUGUGAGCAUAGUAUCGUCUCCUCAAACGCUACAGAUGAAGUCUUCGAAGUGCAGAAAAGGAAACUGAGGCUCACAGAUAGCAAUGGCUUGUCAAGACCUCACGUUCCAGGAAGAUGCCUUCCUCCUGGGUCGCUGUAGUCCCCAGAAGGCUGAGUGCAUUUUGGUCCACACUGCCUUGGGGCCUACUAAAUUAAUAUUUUCUUCCUGUGGCAUCCAAAGUCUGGGCACCAUGGCCCAGGCCCUGGGGGAGGACCUGGUGCAGCCUUCUGAGCUACAGGAUGACUCCAGCUCUUUGGGAUCCGACUCUGAGCUGAGUGGGCCCGGCCCGUAUCGCCAGGCUGACCGCUAUGGCUUCAUUGGGGGCAGCUCAGCAGAGCCAGGGCCAGGUCACCCCCCUGCAGACCUAAUCCGCCAACGGGAGAUGAAGUGGGUAGAGAUGACCUCACACUGGGAGAAAACCAUGUCACGGCGUUACAAGAAGGUAAAGAUGCAGUGUCGCAAAGGCAUCCCCUCGGCCCUGCGGGCCCGCUGCUGGCCCCUGCUGUGUGGGGCCCAUGUGUGUCAGAAGAACAGCCCUGGCACCUACCAGAAGCUGGCAGAGGCCCCGGGAGACCCACAGUGGAUGGAGACCAUUGGCAGGGACCUGCAUCGUCAGUUCCCUCUGCACGAGAUGUUUGUGUCACCCCAGGGCCAUGGCAGGGGCUCCUGCAGGUACUCAAGGCCUACACCCUGUAUCGACCAGAACAGGGCUACUGCCAGGCCCAGGGUCCCGUGGCUGCUGUGCUGCUCAUGCACCUGCCCCCAGAGGAGGCCUUCUGGUGCCUGGUGCAGAUCUGUGAGGUCUACCUCCCCGGCUACUACGGCCCCCACAUGGAGGCUGUGCGGCUGGACGCCGAGGUGUUCAUGGCCCUGCUGCGGCGGCAGCUCCCGCGCGUGCACAAGCACCUGCAGCAGGUGGGCGUCGGGCCCCUGCUCUACCUGCCCGAGUGGUUCCUGUGCCUCUUCGCGCGCUCCCUGCCCUUCCCCACGGUGCUGCGCGUCUGGGACGCCUUCCUCAGCGAGGGUGAGCACGGGACGGGGCCUGGGCGCGCACACGGUGGGGCUUUGCUCGCCCUGCCACUGUCACUCCUGGCGCUUUGGGGGCCUCGCACCUCAGGGCCAGGCGUGCGGAAGGCGUUGGCCGGGCCCUGUGAUGCGGGGCGCCAGAGGCAGGACUGGCGCUGCCUGGGGCGGGGCGGGCGGCCGGGGAGGCCUGAGCGCUGGGACUGGGCCAGGCUGGGGCCCUGGGAGGAGGCCAAGCCCUGGCGACAGGGAGCAUCUGCGCCAGCAAGACCUUCCUUCCAGCGCGGGUGGGAAUGGGAGGCGACAGUAACCAAAUUAAUAAGAUAUUUAUAGAUUGUCAUAAGUGCCAUGGGGAAAAUGAAACGAGGGAUGUGACAGAGUGCGAGGGGAGCGGCAGGAGGGGACUGCUGUUUCAAAGCUGCCUGGCUGCUCCGUGGAGGAGGCCUGGAGCCAGGAAUGCUGCUGUCCCCAGGGCCAGGCUACAGCGGAGGGACACAGGAGGGAGGGUGUGGGGAGGCAAAGCCAGAGAGGGGGCGCUGGGCCAGGCCAAGAGCAGGAGGGGAGUCAGGCAGGCCCGAGCUGGUCCCCGGGCCCUGCCUCAGUGCCUCCCACCAGCAACCCGCCUGCACUGUUUUCUGUGUGACACCCAGAGGUUGUACCUGAAACGAUGGUAGAAAUAAACCAGUACAUUCACUGAGCACCUACCUACUGCGUGCCUGUGGGCUUCAGGCCAACCCCCCAAACCCCAUCCCCAUAACACACACACACACACACACACACAGAGCGGAGGACCACCAGCUGGCUUAGAGCUCUGGCCACAGGUGUCCAAGUGGCCAUCCAUGGGUCACCUCCCCUCCAGCCUUGGACCUGAGGGCAGGGCUGGGCAGAGCUGGGCAGGGCCUGAUCAGCUCCAUCUGAGGAUAAGCCCUGUGCGGGCUCCCUUAAAUAUCUGCGAAGACACCAGAUUGCCCCUUCACAAGUCACAGUUGUCACCAGGCCUCACUGGUCCCCUGGCUGCUCCUCUCAGCAGAUCAGAGGUUGCCAGGAAGGGAUUUUGAGGCUCCAGGACUGGCUCAAGGUCACGCCGUGGGGAGUGUGCACACACACAAGCAUAUGCUCUUGGCCCAGGGGUGAGAAACUCUGCCUAGAAUCUUUCCAGAAUCAGAGCGUCACAGAUCCAAGCCGAAAGGCCUUAAAGAGCACCAGCCUGAUCUUUCCUCGUGGAGACAAGAAGGCUGAGGCCGGAAGGCUGGUGCGAGGUUGUCAGGAGCCCUGAGACUGAUGUGGCCAGUGCAGGGCCCUGCGCCCCGCCAAGUCCAAGCCCAUCUUCCCUCAUUGCUCCUGGCUUGGGCUGGGGGCAGGGGCAGGUUCAGAUAUAGACUUGAGGAGGGGCUGGACAUGGCGGGCCUCCUGGUGAGUGAGCCCCGGCCUGCAGGUGCCAAGGUGCUGUUCCGAGUGGGGCUGACGCUGGUGCGCCUGGCACUGGGCACCGCCGAGCAGCGCGGGGCCUGCCCAGGGCUCCUGGAG